CUUUAAAACUUUUAUCAGGCUGUCCCUCUUCUUGGAAUCUUCCAUUUCGUCUCACCAGAGCUCCUGCGAGACAAAGCAUAUACCAAGACCUUCAGUAGCAUAAAAAUAUCAGUGUAAUCGUAUUGCAAGCAUACUCAACUCUACCAGAAGCCACAUAUUAACUCCACUUUCUUAUACGCAUUCAUUUUCAAAAGAACUGCAGUAUUGCAAGCGUGAGGCACCCGGAUUGUAAAUGGAGUCUUCUUUCUGACAUUGUUCGUCCUCCAACAUACUUGUUGUAAUACCAAGGAUAUCAAACAGUUCAGUGAGAUCGCGAGUUUUAUAGCAUUUCAAGUUCUUGCUUUUUUAUUUAAACAACGACAGCAACAACCAUGUCUAGAAUGCUCACCAGAGACCUGCCGGACAUAGAGAGCAUCCUGGCUUUGAACCCUAGGGUGAAGAACCAUGCUACGAUCUAUUCGACAACUUUGAAGCAAAAAGAGAAGAAGCACUGGAAACGAAACCCGGAGAAAAGCUGCGAUAGCUGCGUGAAGCUGGAGAACAAUUUUGAUGACAUCAAACACACGACUCUGAGUGAGCGCGGAGCACUUCGAGAAGCAAUGAGGUGCCUGAAAUGCGCUGAUGCUCCUUGUCAGAAAAGUUGCCCGACCAACCUGGACAUAAAAUUUUUCAUCACCAGUAUUGCAAACAAGAACUACUACGGAGCAGCAAAGGCCAUCCUGUCGGACAACCCCCUGGGCCUGACGUGCGGCAUGGUUUGUCCCACCUCUGACCUCUGCGUGGGAGGCUGCAAUCUGUAUGCCUCAGAGGAGGGGCCCAUUAACAUCGGAGGACUGCAGCAGUUUGCAACUGAGAUUUUUAGCAAGAUGGGAAUUCCUCAGGUACGAAAUCCAGGGCUCCCACCAGCAGACCAGAUGCCUGAGAGCUUCCACACCAAGAUAGCCCUGAUAGGCUGUGGACCUGCUAGCGUCAGCUGUGCCUCCUUUCUGGCUCGCCUGGGCUAUGACAACCUCACCGUCUUCGAAAAGCAGAAGUACAUCGGCGGAUUAAGCACCGCUGAGAUCCCCCAGUUCCGGCUGCCGUAUGAGGUGGUGCAGUUCGAGAUCGACCUGAUGAAGGACCUGGGCGUGCAGGUUGUGUGUGAGAAAGGACUUGGCCAGGAUGGGAUGACUCUGGCUACUCUGAAAGAGGAGGGGUAUGAGGCAGUCUUCAUUGGAAUCGGUCUGCCGCAGGCUAACAAGCACAGAAUCUUUGAAGGGCUGUCAAUGGAGCAAGGAUUUUUUACUUCCAAGGACUUCCUGCCAUUGGUUGCCACGGCCAGCAAAAUCGGGAUGUGUAGCUGCCGGUCUCAGCUGCCAGACCUCAGCGGCACCGUCAUCGUACUGGGCGCGGGCGACACGGCGUUCGACUGCGCCACCUCAGCCCUGCGCUGCGGCGCCCGCAGGGUCUUUGUGGUUUUCAGGAAGGGGUUCACAAACAUCCGGGCCGUCCCCGAAGAGAUGGAGCUUGCAAAGGAGGAGAAGUGUGAGUUCCUACCCUUCCUGUCCCCUCGCGAGGUCAUUGUGAAAAACGGCCGGGUGUCUUCCAUGGAGUUCUGCCGGACUGAGCAGACCGAGUCUGGAGAGUGGGUCGAGGACGAGGAACAAACUGUGCGACUGAAAGCUGAUUACAUCAUCAGCGCAUUUGGCUCGAUGUUGAAUGACCCCAAAGUGAAAGAAGCCAUGGCUCCCAUCAAGCUUAACCGAUGGGGUCUCCCCGACCUGAACCCCGAGACCAUGCAGACCAGUGAGCCGUGGGUGUUUGCCGGCGGUGACAUCGCUGGCCUGGCCAACACCACCGUGGAGUCAGUGAACGACGGAAAGCAGGCUUCCUGGCACAUCCACCGAUACAUCCAGUCCAAACACAGCCAGACCGUGGACAGUGUGCCUCGGCUUCCUGUGUUCUACACGGCCAUAGAUGCGGUGGACAUCAGCGUGGAGAUGGUCGGGAUCAAGUUCCCCAAUCCCUUCGGCCUGGCCAGCGCUCCGCCCACCACGAGCACGGCCAUGAUCCGCAGGGCUUUCGAAGAGGGAUGGGGUUUCGCUCUCACCAAGACCUUCUCUCUGGACAAGGAUUUGGUCACAAACGUCUCUCCCCGAAUUGUGCGUGGAACAACAUCCGGCUACAACUUUGGCCCUGGUCAGGGGUCCUUCCUCAAUAUCGAGCUCAUUAGUGAGAAGACUGCAGCAUACUGGUGCCGAAGUGUGACUGAACUCAAAGCAGAUUUCCCCAACAAUAUUCUCAUUGCCAGCAUAAUGUGCAGUUAUAACAAGGCGGACUGGACCGAACUUGCCAAAAUGGCUGAGGCCUCCAAAGCCGACGCCUUGGAGUUAAAUUUGUCCUGUCCCCACGGAAUGGGGGAAAGGGGCAUGGGACUUGCCUGUGGACAGGAUCCGGAGCUGGUGCGGAACAUCUGUCGCUGGGUCCGGCAAGCUGUCACCAUCCCCUUCUUCGCCAAGCUAACCCCCAAUGUCACCAACAUCGUGGACAUCGCCAGUGCCGCGCAUGAAGGUGGCGCAGAUGGCGUUACAGCAACCAACACCGUCUCGGGGCUGAUGGGACUGAAAGCAGACGGCACACCCUGGCCGAGCAUUGGCCAAGGCAAGCGGACCACAUAUGGCGGCGUGUCUGGAAACGCCAUCCGCCCCAUCGCCCUGCGUGCAGUGUCCGCCAUCGCCAAAGCCCUCCCUGGCUUCCCCAUUCUGGCCACGGGGGGCAUCGACUCCGCUGAGUCGGGCCUGCAGUUCCUCCACGCUGGUGCCUCCGUUCUGCAGGUAUGCAGUGCUGUUCAGAAUCAGGACUUCACCCUGAUUGAGGAUUACUGUCUGGGACUGAAGGCUCUCCUGUACUUGAAGAGCAUUGAGGAGCUGCAUGAUUGGGAUGGACAGUCCCCCCCGACCAUGCGCCACCAGAAGGGUAAACCUGUCCCCAGACUGGAAGAGCUUGUGGGGAAGAGCUUGCCCAGUUUUGGUCCUUACCUGAUUGAGAAGAAGAACGUCCUGGCAGAGUACAAACGGAACCUGAUGGACAUCAAUGACAACAUUGUGAUUCCAAACGGUAACGUGCAGAAGAGCACCCCAAAGAAACCUGUCCCAGCUGUGAAGGACGUGAUUGCCAGAGCUCUGAAACACAUUGGUGCCUAUGUGGAUCUGAACAACAAGGAACAAGUGCAGGCAUUGGUGGAUGAGGAGAUGUGCAUCAACUGUGGGAAGUGCUACAUGACCUGCAAUGAUUCGGGAUACCAGGCUAUUACAUUUGACCCCGAGACCCAUUUUCCUGUAGUUACUGACAGCUGCACCGGUUGCACUCUGUGUCUGAGCGUGUGCCCCAUCAUCGACUGCAUCAAAAUGGUUGCCAGGACAACGCCUUACGUGCCGAAGAGAGGCCUCCCGCCUCAAGCUGUUGAGCCUGUUUGCUAAAGGAAGCAGAAAAAAAGGACCGAGCGUCUACUUCACAGCAUUGAUUCCACUCAUAAUUGCAGUGUGAAAAAUUACCUUUAUUAUAAAAACGAAUAAUUAGUUUGUAGAAAUAAUUGCCUGAUAUUCCCAAGCCAAUUAUCCAGAAAUAAUUGUGCAAGCACAAAUGGUUGCUUUAUUUCUAAACAAUAGCAGCAAGGUUUUUUGUUUUUGUUUUUUUGUUUUUUUCUUUCGAGGCUGCACUAAUAAGACUGGUUUUCAGCAAUGGAUGACUAUGUACUCUGCAGCCUAUGCCACAGACUAGUUUUACAAUUUUUACAAGCAUGAUGAGGACAAUCCCUUCACAACCAUACAGCUGUAAAGUAAGACAGUGGGCCCUAUUUUGGUGACAACGUAAGCACAAAUGCACCUGGGCUCAAGUGUUAUUGUUAUUUUCUAUUUCAAACUGAAUAUUCUUUGCCUGUGCCAGGUUUUGUGGUCUGGAUGCAUUGUUGUCAGUCUCUGCAUUGUGAGCACUUUCCCCUUUGUUAAUUUGGAAAAACCAGGCAGUAACACAUAAUUUGAUCACAAUAGUAGUCAUUAAGCAUUAUCAGUUAUAUGUUUGUGCACUAUUAAACAUUUGAUACUAAUUCACGUCUUAAUAAUGUAUCAUUCCAUGCUCCAAUCUAAUUAAUUGCUAUCACUUACUUUCAAUUAAAUAUGAAAUAAACUUUUUUUAGACCUUUGUCACAGAUUCUUUGAAUUAUUUAAUUGACAUGUGCUGUUCAAAUUCCUAUGGAUAAUCUAGUUAUUGUUCUAGUCAAUAGGUUAAUUUAUUCCCUUAACUUGGUUCCAAUGCUUUUGUGUUAUUGUAUUGUGGUGGUUGGCAUUGUGGUGAAAUUUAGGAAGGCUUCAAAAUGACUGCCUAUCACAGUUUUUGAAACCAUGUUCAGUGCUGGAUUCAAUAGGAAGUUGUUGAACAUGGUUACAGACUAUGCUUAGUAUGGAUGCACAUAAAGAAUUAACAUUGUUUAAAAGGCAUGGACACAAAUAAGCCAUUCACAUGUUUUAAAAGGCAUGUGUGUACAAGGACUAGCUGUCAUUUUAAAAUAUGAAGUAUUUCUGUUAAUCCUGAUUGUUGUACAAUUAAUCUUUAGAAAUGAUCAUCAAAAACUUUUAGUUAAUUUUCAAUGUGCAGUGAAAAGCAAAUGGAGUAGCUGCUUGUCAAUGUUCAAAAUAAAUAUUUAAUAACAUG